AUGGAGAACUACCUUCUUGUUGCCACUUUGGUUAGCACAAGUCUUGUAUUUGGUUGUUACAUUGCUCUCAAGGUUGGAGAAACAUGCUCCCGAGACACGAAUGAUUGUGACUUGGGGCUGCAGUGCAUGGAGUGCAACUCGCGAAACCGAUGUACACGAAUUCAUACUGCAAGUCCUAUUUCAAGGGUGAAGGAGCUUCCAUUCAAUCGGUACUCAUGGCUUACAACACACAACUCAUUUGCGAGGAGGGGAGUGAACUCGAGUACAGGUUUUCCAAUUUUGGCUAUCACGAACCAGGAAGACACCAUUACAGAUCAGCUAAAAAAUGGUGUGAGAGGACUAAUGCUGGAUAUGUACGAUCACAAAGAUGACAUUUGGUUGUGUCAUGGGCAGUGCAACCAAUUUACAGCCUUUCAACAAGCUAUAAAUGUUCUGAAAGAGAUUAAGGCAUUCCUUGUAGCACACCCAACAGAGAUUAUCACCAUUUUCAUUGCGGAUCAUGUGACGUCACCAAAUGGUGUGAACAAGUUGUUUGAUAGAGCUAAGUUGAGGAAAUUCUGGUUUCCAGUAUCUAAAAUGCCCAGGAAUGGUAGCAAUUGGCCAACAGUCAUAGAAAUGAUAAGAAAGAAUCAUAGGCUACUUGUGUUCACUUCAAAUCCAGCUAAGGAGGCUUCUGAAAAAAUUGCCUAUGAAUGGAAUUAUGUUGUAGAAAAUCAAUAUGGAAAUGAUGGGAUGAGGGAAAGUUCUUGUCCAAAUCGAGAAGAAUCAUUUCCAAUGAACACAAGCACAAAGUCACUAGUCCUAAUGAACUACUUUCGAAAUGUCAGAGAUUCUGAAGAAGCUUGCAGGGAUAACUCAUAUCCAUUGAUUAGCAUGAUGAAUAUUUGCUUCACAGCUGCGGGUAACCGAUGGCCUAACUUCAUUGCUGUUGACUUUUACAAGAGAGGCGAUGGUGGGGGAGCCCCUGAAGCAUUAGAUGUGGCAAAUCAAAACUUGCAUGGGGCGUGA